GUGAUUUUUCUAACCUCAAGUUUCAUGUUACGUAGGUAUGGAGUAUUUUGAUGUGUGGAAAAUAUCAUGUUGCAGUUCAUAGAUGGAUUGAAGCAUUUAUUUGCUUCUGUAAUGCAAUGUUGUGAUAUUGAUUUGUACAAACAAUCUAGAGGUCUAGAUGAUCCCGAACUUCUUGCAAGAGAGAUUGUGUUUAGUGUAAGUGAAAUAGAAGCUCUUUAUGAGCUCUUCAAGAAGAUAAGUAGCGUUGUGAUAGAUGAUGGGUUGAUUAACAAGGAGGAGUUUCAAUUGGCGUUAUUCAAAACAAACAAAAAGGAGAGCUUGUUUGCAGAUCGGGUAUUUGACUUGUUUGAUACAAAGCAUAAUGGUAUUUUAGGUUUCGAAGAGUUUGCUCUUGCUCUCUCUGUCUUCCAUCCAAAUGCACCAAUUGACGAUAUGAUUGAGUUCUCUUUUCAACUAUAUGAUCUCAAGCAGCAAGGUUUCAUUGAGAGGCAGGAAGUGAAGCAAAUGGUAGUGCCUACGCUUGCUGAAUCAGGCAUGAACCUUUCAGACGAUGUUAUAGAAAGUAUAAUCGACAAGACCUUUGAGGAAGCAGAUACGAAACAUGAUGGGAAGAUCGACAAGGAAGAGUGGACAAGCCUUGUCCUACGACAUCCGUCCCUCCUGAAAAACAUGACCCUGCAAUAUCUCAAGGAAAUCACCACGACAUUCCCGAGCUUCGUUUUUCAUUCGCAAGUUGAUGAUACCUAAAAUCGGCAAAUGGAUUCAAAUCUUAAUGAGACACCAUCUAUUACGGUUUGUUCCAUUCGAUGGGGGAUUUCGAAUCUUAAAUGAUGUAAGG